AUGAACGCCCCACCAACCUACAUUCCCCCUCUGACCGGCCCCUCCAACUUCCCCCUCUGGCGCCUCCAGAUGAAGGAAAUCCUCCAACCACGCGGUCUCCAACCCUACGUAGACGGCACCAUGCCCUGUCCUUAUCGCCCGGCAGGCCUCCACAACGCAACCUUCGAGAAGACGAUCGAUUAUUCGCUCUGGGCGAAAGCCGAUGGCCGAACGAAAGAAGUGCUUAUUAGGCACGUCCAUCCGUCGAUCGCUACAGCGGUGGGGAAAAUGCCGAGCGCGAGACUGACCAUGGUGUUGCUGGAGCUGUACUGCACCAAUACUCUGCAGGAUGAGGGCGGACUUCGAUUCGGAAACAGCGUCAACCCGCUGGAUGUGCUUCGUCAGCGAGGCGAGGCGGUGAAGGAAGGGAGGAAGGAGCCGUGGCCUGGUGUGGAGCUCGUUGCGAUCAGAGAGGGGAGGAAGUGGGUCAGCAAGCCGGCUGGAGAGGUUGUUGCAGAGAAGGAGCUGAGCUUGCAGAUCUAUGAGGCUGGGUCGUGGCAUGGGCGGCAGAAGGGGUUGGCUGAGGAGAUGGAGGAAUGA